AUUGCAUAUUGUCUAAACACUUUUUUUUAGUUAUAUAUUUACUUCUGAAUUUUUUACUCAUAAAUAAUCGUAAAAUUAAAAAUAAAAUUUUUAUUUUAAUUGAAACCAAUGUAACAUUUUAUCAAAAUAUUGGUGUUCAAUGGUUUACAAGUAUAAUGGAAGCAGAUGCACACGCAGAAAUGCGAAUAGUAAAUGAUGGUAAUGUAAGCAAUACGGAAUUUCUGCCCAAGUAUUCGGAUGGAGAUUUUUCGAAAAAUGGUGUGAUCCAUCCGGGACAGCCAUCGGUCACCUGGCUCGAUGACGAAGAAAUCGAUAAACUUGACCUGUCGCUGACCAACGAUGCUGGCAAUUUGUUUUUCAAUCGGGUUGAUAGUGCGGAAAUAAUUUACCAGGCAAAGAAAAAGGCUUGUAAAAUGGUCGGCAGAUAUGUGAUGGGCGAAUUGUUAGGCGAAGGAUCGUACGGCAAAGUGAAAGAGGUUUUAGAUUCCGAAGAUUUGAGUAGACGAGCUGUUAAGAUUUUGACAAAACGAAAACUACGACGGAUUCCGAAUGGGGAACAAAAUGUUAGACGAGAAAUACAAUUGCUGCGUAAACUCAAGCACAGGAAUGUGAUCGAAUUACUAGAUGUAUUAUAUAACGAGGAGAAACAAAAAAUGUAUUUAAUUAUGGAGUAUUGCGUUGGUGGCCUCCAGGAAAUGGUCGAUUCAGCGCCGGAAAAGAAAUUGCCACUAUUUCAGGCACACAACUACUUUGUGCAAUUGUUGGACGGUUUAGAAUAUUUACAUAGCCAAGGUGUCAUACAUAAAGAUAUAAAACCAGGAAAUCUGUUACUGACGUUAGACCACACAUUGAAAAUAUCAGACUUUGGUGUUGCGGAAGCCCUAGAAAUGUUUGCCGAAGAUGACACAUGUACAACUGGACAAGGAUCGCCUGCAUUUCAACCGCCUGAAAUUGCGAACGGACAGGAGACCUUUCUCGGCUUUAAAGUGGAUAUAUGGAGCAGUGGCGUUACUCUAUACAAUAUAACAACCGGACAAUAUCCAUUCGAUGGUGACAACAUAUACCGACUGUUGGAAAACAUCGGUAAAUCUCAAUGGGAAGCACCUGACUGGCUGUACAAAUUAGAUGCAAAUCUUGCGAAUCUAGUCCUGGGAAUGCUACAAGCUGAACCAGAUAACAGAUUUACUUUACAACAAAUUCGCCAUCAUCCAUGGUUUUGUUGUGCUCCGGUCGUAUCUGGAGAAGUCAUACCUGUGCCACCAAUGAAAGGGGAUCCCUUUCGAUGUUCAACUGUUUUGCCAUGUCUAGAAGCUUAUCAUUAUCAAAUAGAGAGCGGUGACGACGAAGUUUAUUUCACUGAACACGAUUUAAAUCGCCCAUUACUGCCGAAUGAAUUUGAGCAACCUCGGAAAUCGUAUUUUUAUUUUUAGCGAGAAAUUGGCAAAACAAGCUGCCGAAUUAGCUGCACACAUAAAAUCUAGUAAUACUAAGAAAGAUCCAUCCAAUAGAAAACGAUCGAGAAAGUCUUUGUCGUGUAUAUCUGUUAAGCAAUUGACAACUUGUCGGCCAUCGUGAAGGUGUGCUUGUUUUUAAACACAGACACACAAAACAAAACAAAAAAUCAACUUUAAAUCAUUUCAAAUUUUACCAAAAAA